GGUUUUUUGUUUUUUCUUCUGUUGAGUUUUCAUUCUUCUAAUAUUCAUUCUUCUAUCUUUCUUUUUCUUCUUCUUCACCCUUCUUAUUAUUCCUUUCCCUCAUUCUUAGAGGGAAGGAAAAUACAAAAGAAGAGCAAUAUUAUUUUUCAAUAAUCCUUUUUGUUUUCCCCUUUUUGGGUGAAACAAAAAAAAAAAAAAGAACCAUGGAUUCAUCGUUGGUUUCUAACAACGAUGUUGCUUCUGGGUUUGUUAAAGAGUCAAUGGUUGACCCUUUUCUGGUUGAGGCUCUUCAGAAUCCUCGCCAUCGUUUAACGAUUCUGAGGAUGGAGCUAGAUAUCCAGAAAUUUAUGAACAAUGCUGAUCAGCAGCAUUUUGAGUUUCAACAUUUCCCUUCUUCUUAUCUCCGACUGGCUGCACAUCGUGUUGCUCAACACUAUGGUAUGCAAACAAUGGUUCAAGAUAUUGGCUUAGAUGGACAGAGUAAAAUUCUGGUCAGAAAGUUACCCGAAAGCAAGUAUCCCGUGGUUCGCUUAUCUGAAAUACCUGCUAAACAGUUGGACAAUGAGAAAUCCGAGCUGAAAAAAAUUGUCAUUCAAUCUAGGCCUCAUAAAACUAGUUUGAAUGGAGCCAAUGAUUCCACAAAAAAAGGAAACCCUCUGAGAAGUGUGGAAGAGAGGAAGGAGGAGUAUGAUCGGGCAAGAGCACGUAUCUUUAAUGGCUCUACAAGCUUUGAUUCAGUUGAUACCUCAUCCAUGGUCCCGACAGAUGGGAAGAAUUCUUUUAUGAGCAAGGAUGAGAGUGAAAUUAGCAAAAUCCCCAUGGCUGAUUCAGAAAGAUUUUUUAGUGUCAGGGAUAAUAGUUAUCCUCGAGUUGCCAUUAUCAGAGAUAGGGAAAAGGAUCGAAGCGAUCCAGAUUAUGAUCGUAGCUAUGGAAGGUAUGCUAGGAGUUUAUCAGCCUCUGCUGUUAACCUGGUGCCUUUUAAUUUGCCAAAAGCUCAACCUUCAUUUGCUCCGUAUGAAACUACUUUUAAUCAGUUGGGUCAGAUGCCACAAGCUCAAGCUUCACUUGGAUAUGGACCUCCUUCAACCCCGAUGAUGAGUCCUUUUUGUACCCCAGGAUUGAAUCCGGCAUCUGGGGAUGGUGCUUACCUACAAUGGCCAAGUCCUACAAUGAUGUAUGCUCAUUCAUAUGACCAAUUUAGACAUGCUGUUUACCAGUCUCCAUUUGGUCAACCAUUGAGCUUUGACUAUUCACAGAACUAUUAGAUGAUAUUAGGGAGGAAGGUUUGGACUUGGAUGCAGAAGUUAUGUUGUUAGCCUUUUAGGGAAAUCUCAUAUUAGAUUCAUUUUUCAGUACUCCUCUAUAGACUUUUGUUUCUGUUAUUGUAGUAUGUAUGUCUUUGGUUUUCAGUUUUGAUGGUUACAGUAUAUGGUUCAGUACUUCUUAUGUGACAGCUUAUAAAAUAGUUAACUCUAGUGGAUUAUGCAUUUGUUAUAAUAUAUAUGAUGAUAAUUUUUCUA